AUGUCGGCGACGCUGUACCGGCUCGCCGGGCGCGGCGCCAAGCGACUAUGCACCCGACCGUCGCCGUCCCCCGCGAUCCUCUCCAGCACUAAGCCCACCACCGGCGCACUCUCAUCAUCAUACCAUGCCGCCCGCGCCUUCUCGGCCUCGGCCCUCCGCCGCUAUGCCGAACCGCAAGAAUACCAGCGCACACGGCUAGUCCCGACGGGCGCCGACUUCUCGCCCCCGACCGACCCGUACGAGAUGCCCGCGCACCUUCACCACCAGCCCAGCAGUACGCCCAAGGCCCGCGACGAGUCGGUCGAGGACCGCAAGGUGCGGCACUACACGGUCAACUUUGGCCCGCAGCACCCGGCCGCCCACGGCGUGUUGCGUCUGAUCCUGGAGCUCAACGGCGAGGAGAUCAUCCGCGCGGACCCGCACGUCGGCCUGCUGCACCGCGGCACCGAGAAGCUGUGCGAGUACAAGACGUAUCUGCAGGCGCUGCCGUACUUUGACCGUCUUGACUACGUUUCUAUGAUGACCAAUGAGCAGUGCUUCUCGCUUGCUGUUGAGAAGCUGCUCAAUAUUGAGAUUCCUGAGCGCGCCAAGUUUAUUCGCACUCUGUUUGCGGAGCUCACUCGUAUCUUGAACCACUGCAUGGCUGUGCUUACCCACGCCAUGGAUGUUGGUGCUUUGACGCCGUUCUUGUGGGGGUUUGAGGAGAGAGAGAAGCUGAUGGAAUUCUACGAACGCGUGUCUGGAGCCCGUCUCCACGCGGCCUACGUCCGGCCCGGCGGCGUCCACCAAGACAUCCCCGCGGGUCUGCUCGACGACAUCUACCAAUGGGCCACGCAAUUCGGCGACCGCAUCGACGAAACCGAAGAAAUGCUCACCGACAACCGCAUCUGGAUCCACCGUCUGCAAGGCGUGGGCAUCGUCAGCGCCGCCGAAGCCCUCAACCUGUCCUUCACGGGCGUGAUGCUGCGCGGGUCGGGCGUCCCCUGGGACAUCCGCAAGAGCCAGCCGUACGACGCGUACGACCAGGUCGAGUUCGACGUCCCCGUGGGCGUCAACGGCGACUGCUACGACCGCUACCUGUGCCGCAUGGAGGAGUUCCGCCAGUCGCUGCGCAUCAUCCACCAGUGCCUCAACAAGAUGCCCGCGGGCCCCAUUCGCGUCGAGGACUACAAGAUCUCGCCACCGCCGCGCUCGGCUAUGAAGGAGAACAUGGAGGCUCUCAUUCACCACUUUUUGCUGUAUACCAAGGGCUAUGCGGUGCCGCCGGGUGAUACCUACUCGGCUAUUGAGGCGCCCAAGGGCGAGAUGGGUGUGUAUGUGGUCAGCGACGGCUCGGAACGUCCUUACCGUGUGAGCAUCCGCGCGCCUGGGUUUGCCCAUCUGAGCGGGUUUGAUCACAUUUCACGGGGGCAUCUGUUGGCUGAUGCUGUGGCGGUCAUUGGUACCAUGGAUUUGGUGUUUGGCGAGGUCGAUCGGUAA